AUGACGGUUGUGUCAAGUGGGUUGGUCUCUCCCGAGAGGACGGUCCGUGCGGUGAUUGAGCUUGCCAAGGCCAUAGGUACAAAAGGGCUAGUGGCAGGGCAAGUUAUUGACCUAAGCAGUGAAGGUUUAAAUCCAGAGGUCGCUGGAAUAGAGCGUCUAGAGUUCAUCCAUCUUCACAAAACGGCGGCGUUGUUGGAGGCAGCGGCGGUUAUAGGGGUUAUAAUGGGAGGUGGAACAGAUGAAGAGAUGGAGAAGCUUAGAAAGUAUGCGAGAUGUAUCGGCCUGUUGUUUCAAGUGGUUGAUGAUAUUCUUGACGUGACUAAAUCUACUGAGGAACUGGGUAAGAUCACCGGCAAAGACGCUAUCGCGGGAAAACUGACGUAUGAGGCGUGUCUAUAG